AUGAUUGGUCAUGUGCAACACGGGUCGCAGAGCACGUCCUCAGCAAAGAGCGACUUCGUCAAUGAACUAUUGACCAUCGGGGAGCUGUAUAGCCCGUUGCGUGAGGAGAAAUGGAUCUCCAUGGUGAAUCGUGGCCUUGCGGCCUUCGCCAAAGCGCACUGGAACACGUUUUUACGACGUACUAACAGGGGUAUCCCGCAAAAAUACAGGUGGGCAAGCUGGAAGGUGGCAGUGAAGUUCAACCAAUGCUUUGCGACCUUAGCGCCUCAAUACGAGACUUUUGCCUCACAAAAUAACGAGUAUACUUCAAUAAUUCAAAUCGAUGUGCCGAGGACAUUCCCCGAGCUGAAAAUAUUCGAUGUUGAGGCGCAGCAACAGCUUUCGCGCAUCCUGCUGGCAUACGCAAACUACCACCCAGAGGUUGGAUAUUGCCAGGGUAUGAACUUCGUUGCUGGUAUGCUGCUUUUGGUGAGCGGGUUCAACGAGACAGAGUCGUGGGUUGGAUUCGUCGGACUAAUGAAGGAAUUCGGUCUUGCCGAGUUCUACAAGCCUUCGUUUCCUCUAAUACAAAAGUAUAUACGUGCAUUUGAGGCACUGGCGGCUGAAAUGUGGCCUGACCUACACCAGCACUUCCAGAGAGAGGAAAUUUCAGUAGCAGUUUUUCUAAAUCAAUGGUUUUUAACAAUGUUCGUGAUCAUUCUUCCGUUACGAACGGUGGUUACCUUGUGGGAUUAUAUUUUGUUCAACGGCCUCUCAAGCGUCUUGGCCGUAUCCCUGGGUCUACAAUACCUACUUGCUCCACAAAUGAAGCAGCUCAAUUUCGAAGCAAUUAUGACGUUUUCAAAAAACAUUAAGGAUACGGAUAGCAAAGAUGACAUACGAGUGGGACGUAUCAUAGUCAACCAGGCUUACCGCAUCACACAUUCACGCGGAAGUUUGGACGAAUUAAUUUUGCAACAGGAAGCUUUGUCGACGCCUCGAAGAGCAUCGUUAGGGAGAAUUGUGUCGCGAGAAGAACCUGUAGCAACUGUGAAUUCUGGCGCUAGGCGAUCCCGUGUUAACCCCUUGGCAGCGGUUGUUUCUCAGCUGGGAUUGAUGGAUUCGCCGAAUGACGACACGGAUCCCUCUUACCCAUGGCACGUGAAAUAA